CCGGCCGGGCGUCUAUAUAUACAUGCCGCUCCACCGGUGAGCUCGCGGCCGCGCCUGGGGGGGAGAGGAAAUGGCGACGUCGGCCUUCCGGUCCACGACGAAGAGGACGCCGAUCGGGGCCUCGCCGGCCUCCGCCGACGGCUCCGCAACCUCCAGCCGGAGCUCGGCUCACCGCCGGUCGCGGAGCCUGAGCCGGUUCUCGCGCCGGCUGGCGGAGCCCGAGGACCCGUUCGCCGAGGACGCCGCGCCGGCGGCUCCCAGGGGGAGGUUCGUGAACACCCUGAGAGGAUCGGGGCUCCCGGAGAUCAGCCUCGACGAUCUCGCUGUUGAGUUCUUCAGCUCCGGAGAUCGGGGUCGGUCGAGCUCGCGGAACACUGACGUCAGCCCUAAGAAAGGGAAAGCGCUUCGCAGAGGCGGGGAGGUCGGGUUCCGGUGCGGGAGGGUGGUUCCUGAAAGUAAUUCGCGGCGGAGGCGGUCGGUUUCGGUUGUUCGCUGCCAGAUUAGCGAUUCCGAGAGUGAUGUAGACAAUUCUCGCAGUUCUUUUGGUUAUGCUAAUAACAAGACUGUGGGCAAUGGGAACAUCCAAAAGCUACCAUCACAGAAACCCUCUGCUUCAAGCAACAGACAAGCACUGAGAAGGACUUCGAGCCAAAAGGAUCUCAAGUCCUAUGACGGUUAUUCUAGCCAUUCAUCUGCACUGACUGAUGACGAAGCGAAGGAUGCUUAUUCUGGGAAAAAUGGAAGUGAGAGAACAAUACGAGCAGUUUAUGCCCAGAAGACUACUGACCACCCCACUGGAGGGGAUGUUAACAGUGGGUUGUGCAAAGCAAUGCGUCAAGAAUUCAGACAUGCUAUGGAAGAGAUCAAGAUGGAAAUUGAACAGGCUAUGUUAAGAAGGAAGCCCUCUGUUGGAGCACAUGACAAUUAUUUAGCUUUGGAAAAUUCUGAUGCUUGUAAGGCUGUCUCCACUAUAAGAAAUUAUGCAACAAAGCUAGAACAGUCAGAGAAGCGCAAAAAAGAUUUAUUAGCUGAAAUUAUGUUGGAAGAGCAGCGUGGGAAAGAGCUCAGUCAGAUUGUAAAUGAAUUUCAUCCUGAUACAAAAUCCCCUGUACCAGAGAAACCAUCGCGAAACAGAAGGAAGAGUAAUGACAAAGGCAGGAUGUCUAAUCAUCUGGCUUUUGAGGCUGAGAAGUAUAUUCAGGAUUUCAUUUCAAGUGUAGAAGAUACAGAUAUAUCAUCGUUAGAUGGAGAAAGAAGCGAUACAAGCUCAACUUUAGGUGGAACGACUAAGAUAGAUACUUCUCAAACUCCAGCAAAGUCCAUGCCUCCUCCCAUUGAAAUGGAUGGGGUUGUAUUGCCAUGGUUACAAUGGGAAACCAGUAAUGAUGUUUCUCCGCCAUCGAGCAAGAAAAGAUGCAGUCACCAAUGGCUUCAAGAGCUGAAAUGUUGGAUGCAGCUCAGGAAGCUAGUACUGCACGGGACCCGAGCUAUUUUUCCUCAAGCAGUCAUGGUAGUUGGAGUCCAGGAAUUGUAGAUAGCCCUAUAGUGGUGGUCAGAGAAUCCAUUGGCAGUCAAUCCAGAGAAUCUAGAAGAUAUAGUGAUAAACAUCACUCAGGCUGCCAUUUUGACCUGGAUAAGUAUUUGAAUUUUCCAAGUGACGAGGAUUUUCUAUUAGAAAGGUGGAGACAACAGCGGAGAAUCAAUUCAGGUGGUCUGCUUCUCUGUCACCAAACAUUCUUUUGACCAUCCACUUGUUAACUACUCUUCCCUUUUAUCAAUUUAUGUGCUGCGUCUCUGUAUAGACAAUCUGGACGCAUUAAUUGUCAAGUAUUGUCAGAAUAAAACUUCACUUCCCUACUUAUUCUUCCAAAAGAUCCUGAUGAUUUUAUGGCUUCCGCUAAUGUUUUCAGUUCAAAACUUCA